AUGAAGUUCCUUCGUCUCUCUGUGCUACUGACCACUGCGAGAGUUGUCUUAUCAGCUUUGGCAGCAUCCAAUGCCCAGCCAAAUCUCUCGACCCUCCUUGCGUCGCCUCUCAGCAAUACAAUUACCAACGCCACAGGAUCAAAUCCCAUCCAGAGAUCAAAGUCCUAUCACGUGCCCAACUCCCCUACCACCCUCAUAUUCAUCGGCUACGCAGCAGCACCUACCCUCGCCCCUACCGUCACUUACCAGACUCUGCUUACUGCACUCAAUUCCAUCUACCACUCCGCCAUCGUCAAUCACGGCGAUGGCCUCAUCUUCAUCGACACAGUCUCAUGGUCUUACGGUGGAGCCAUUGCCACCAUUGAAAACCACGGCGACGCCCGUACCGGACAGUUGACGUGGAGCAUGCUCGCCGAUACCAUGUAUGGAGUCGGAGCCUUUUUCGAGAGAGAGGCGUGCUGGAUCGGGGAGUGGAUGAUUGAGGUUGAGGGGUUGGGGAAUAUUGGGAGUGGGUUUAUCGGUGCACGGGUGGAUGAGAAGCUUGAGGGUACGCUGGCUGGGACGGCGGUUGAAACGGCUUGA